UCCAUUCAAAACUACCAAUCUCCUCAAUGAAGAAACAAAUUAGCUUCCAUAUCUGUUAUCUUCUGCUCUGCUACUUGUAUUCUUUUACAGAAGUUGAUGCAGUGAAAGAAUCCCAUAGAGAAAAAUACCAUCAUCAUCUUCACCAAUAUGGCUUAGUGAAGCUUUUUGUUUUUGGAGAUUCAUAUGCUGAUACUGGCAACUGGGAAAAGUCUGCUAUUUCAUGGAAACAGCCUUAUGGGAUCACUUUUCCAGGGAGACCUGCCGGUCGCUUCUCCGAUGGCCGUGUCUUGACAGAUUAUAUAGCUUCAUUCCUGGGUAUAGAGUCUCCAGUGCCUUAUUCAAGAUGGAAGCAAACCUCAAAAAAACAGAGUCUAAAGUAUGGAAUGAACUUUGCAUAUGGUGGGACAGGUGUGUUUGACACUUUAAACAAAGAACCAGACAUGGGGACACAGAUAAACCUUUUUCAACAGCUACUUGAAGAAAAAGUGUACACCAAACAGGACCUUAACUCUUCCAUUGCUCUUGUAUCUCUGGCAGGCAAUGACUACAAUACCUAUCUUUAUAAGAAUGGUGACCUUAAGGAUUUGCCAAAGUUCACAGCAUCAAUUAUCAAACAACUUUCAGAGAACCUAAAAAGGAUUAAUGGUUUAGGAGUGCAAAAAAUAGCAGUAACAGGAUUGCAGCCUGUAGGUUGCUUGCCUGCAUUUGCUGCCUCAUCUUCAUAUCAAAACUGCAGUGAAAGUUGGAAUAGAGCCUCUAAACUCCACAACCAGAUGUUGAAGCAAGAAGUGCAGAAGUUGAACAAUGACACCCACUCACAGAAACAUGUUUUUGAAAUUUUGGAUCUAUUUAGUGCAUUCAUGCAUGCAUUCAACAAAACACUGUAUCCAGAAAGCUUGAACUCUGAGAGUUCCUUGAAGCCAUGUUGCGAAGGAGUGACAAGUGAUUCCUCAUGUGGAGACAUAGACAAGAAUGGAACAAUCAAGUAUGUGAUAUGCAAUAACCCAGAGGUUUCAAUCUUUUGGGAUAUAGUACACCCUUCUCAGAAUGGUUGGUAUCAAGUUUAUCUUACUUUGAAAUCUUCGCUUCACAAACUCUAUUAGAUGAGAUAAAUUUCUCCCGAGUCAGCUCCUCUGCUUCCGAGAGUGAGCGUGAAUAAUCAAAUUUUACUGUAAAUCGUUAAAACUGUCGUGGGUCUAGACAUCUCAUGCAAGUAUAAAAAGAAAAAAACUCAAUUAGAUGAAAUGCCUACUCUAUUUGUUCGUUGUACUUGUUAUUUUGUUUGGAGCAAUUAAAAUAGUUUUAUGUUCUAA